AUGGCCACUAAACGAUACCAGUAUGAUUCGUUGCCGCGGGACCAGGCGGUCAUCCGAUAUCUCGUUCUCGAGCCGGGCACAGGCAACCAACCUAUUGUGUGUGAUAUCAAGACGUCGACCUUAUCCUCCAUGCCCUAUUUUGAAGCACUCUCGUACGUAUGGGGCAAUCCGGAUCUGAUCUUCCCCAUCUUCGUGGGCGGGAAAGAGAUUCUCAUCACGAGAAACCUGAGGGAGGCCCUUCUCCAGCUACGCUUACCGACGAAACCCCGGACUUUAUGGGCGGACGGCAUUUGCAUCAACCAGAGCGACAAUGACGAAAAGGGUCACCAAGUCGCGCUCAUGGGCCAGCUCUACACCACCGCCAACCGGACCGUCAUCUGCCUCGGCCGCGGCCACGAUUACGUCGAGGAAGCGGCCCAGGUCGCCGGCCUCGUCACGCACGUCAGCGACAUGAUUCUCAAGACGCUAGAGUCCACAGAGCCUGGUCUGGGCACCUUUCCCUACCCCGCGCCCGACGACCCCUCCUCCAGGACGAGCGCCUGGCUGGGCCGCGACGUCAACAUCCUGUGGGAGGACUCGGUGUUUUCCUGGCUGGCGGUGGUGCGCACGUUUGCGUGGAUCAACACGCGCGCGACCGAGCUUUACACCCGGCACGCUCUCACCAUGCUCGCCGUGCACGAGACCCAGUACGGCCUACGCCACCCCGGCGAGGCGUUCCCCUUGCGCGUCACCGAGCCGAGCGAGUACUUCCCCGACGUCAUGGACUGGACGCGCUCCCUCCAGCUCACGGACCAGCGGGAUCGGAUCUACGCCUUCAUGUCGCUCGCGCCGCCGGGCCAGGUGGCAGACCUCCGACCCGACUACAAGAAGCCCUAUCUGGAGGUCUACCGCGAGUUUGCGCAAAAGUACAUCAACAACAGCCGCGACCUGAGCUUCCUGCUCCUGAUCGACCAUAACCAGGACAGCUUCGACGCCGACUACCCGAGCUGGGUGCCGCGGUGGGACUUGCGGGUGGUGCUGGAGAAUAUUCCGCACAUGGCCAAGCCUAUCCCCGGCACGUUUCUCGCGCGGGCGGGAGCCGCCACGUUGGACGUCCGGGGCCGCAUCAUCGGAUCCGUCGAGUUCGUGUCGGCCGACGUGCACUGGGUCAUGAGCGGCAUCAGCGAUAUUAUCAAUAUUCUGCGCGACCUGGCCGGGACGGGGACACGGGCGCCCUAUACGGAGUUUUCUGCCGUCUUGGCCUUUGCGACGGCUAUGAUGGGUGGCAUCGCGCCGACGGGGCGGCCUGGCUGGAGGGCGGAUAGGGCGGCAUACAUACGGCGACUGCUGGAGGCGGGCAUACCGGGAACUGGUGGCGAGGGUGGCGCGGAUGUUAGUCUUAAGGAUGGCGAGCCUGGAGGUGUGGGUGGCGGGGACGUAGGCGUGUUCCAUUCGUGGGUGCGGGCUUGGAGCCACACUCGGCGGGCGAUUCAGACGAACCGGGGACACUACGGGAUCGCGCCCGGGAUCAUCGCAAAGGGUGAUUUGAUCUGCGCUAUCUCCGGGGCGUCCGCUCUCCUUGUAUUACGAAAGGUAUCCAACAACGGGUAUAAGCUCGUUGGGCCGGUUUACAUUGUCGGGGAGAAAGUGAAUGGCCGGGAGAUCCCACUCGGCUCGGAACGGGCCCGCAUGUAG